GGUUUGUUGUUGUAACUGUUGUUAUGGCUAGUCUCCUUGAUGCACAAUUACACAUCCUCGUGACACUUGGCGAUUACUGCAGUUAUCAGCUAAAAUCCUAUCCAAGAGGUAUUGUGUAACUCGAAAGCUGUGCUGGUUUUGUCAAAACAUGGGCCGGUGUCUCACUGCUGUCAAAGUGUCAAGACAACAAGUACAGCAAGCACUCACAGAGUCACGGGUGCAGCAUAUGUGCUGAUGUGCCUCAGCCAGGCAUCUUUUAACUUCACUAGAAUGCCCCAACCCCCAACUUUGCCCAUCAGUUGCAGUACCAUGCUAAAAGGAAAACAGAACAGCAUAGCGAAAACCCUCUGCUAGAGCUAGAGACUUCUAGGAACACAAAAAAACACAACCAGGAGCAACACGGAUGGGUUCCCUUGGUAAUGGCCGGAAUGGUUCGGAGCCUGGGAUCCAGAUGCCAGUGAUGGGGGGUAACGCAGUGCUGGAGCCUACCACAUCCUCAGUACCCAGAUGUCCACGGCUGGAAAUGGCCAUGGUGGCAACCAGAGUUGCAGCCCUCGUGAUGGCGCUGCUCUCCAUGUUGCUAAUGAUCUCCGCCAAGCAACGGGGUAUUCUCAUCAUCUUCGGCAUUGAGAUCCCGCUCUAUGCUAACUGGUCCCUGUCUGAUUCCCUGGAAUUCUUGGUUGGUAUAUCUGCAGCGGCAGCUGCCUACUCUCUAGCACAGCUUCUGUCGAUUGCACACAAGGCCUUGAAGAAAGUCCCUGUGGUUCCGUCCAGACGCUAUGCCUGGAUGCUGCUAGCUGCUGAUCAGGUCUUUGCGUAUGCAAUGAUGAGCGCGGGAUCGGCAGCGGCAGCCGUCGCAAAUUUGAACCGCACCGGAAUCCGGCACACCGCACUGCCCAACUUCUGCAAGCCUCUGCCACGUUUCUGCGACUUCUCAGCGGCCUCCAUCGUGUGUGCCUUUAUCGGUUGCGUCUUCCUUGCGACAUCCGCCCUGAUUGAUGUUAUCUGGCUGUCAAAUCUGUGAAAAUGGUUUCAAAGUAGUGCUCCUUUGGUAGAAACUUUCAGGGUGCUUUGCCCGUAAGAUAAUGAACUGAACCCAUAAAUGUUCAAUGGACCGCAUCACCUGGAUGUGAUGUGCAGUGUUGCAAGAUUCCGUCUGUUUUAGAUAAGUUCAGUUUCUUUCUCGAAGAUUCUCUUUCUUUUUUAUGCUCAUGUCUACGUUAGUAAACAACUAAACAUAGGCACUUGUCUACA